CGACUCUAUAUAGCUCUGGAAAGCGUGAGUGUGCUUUCGUCAUAAUUUACUACCUCAAAAUUUAAAAACAUAUUGCACUUAUAUUGUUUUGUUCUCUCUUUUUGUCUUUUGGAGAGAUCCAUCUACUAACAAGAUCCUGCUAAACAUAUGUAUGUAUACAUUUUCAUAUCGGUUUUAUCCAACCAGUAGAUUAAUUGAUUAUAGGUGUGGAUUAUACAAUUAAUUUUUUGUUUCAUCCUUGUUGUCACAAGGUUGGAAAAAUAGUGUGUGAUAAGCUGCAGCCCCUAUCCAUCUUUUGAGUACAUAGUGAGCAUCUAUACUCUGUCAGUGAAUGGUAUGUUUAGGUCACCACCCCCCAUCUGAUCGCAUGGGAAUGGUGUUUUUACUCACAUUUUUUACAAGGCUGUGCCAGUCUCUCCUUCAUAACUGAGAUUAUUAAUUACCAAUUAACAUCUCAUAGUGAAGCAUUAAAACCAUGCAUGUCUAUGGGGAACGUUCAGCACCGCCUCCACGCUGAAUGUAGGUGCUGCACAUUGUGCAGCAUUGAGAUAGGAGACUCUUUAGUGGCCGUUUGAGUGACUGCCACUAGAGGUGUUACUAGGCAGCAAGGUAAACACUUACAUUGAUAAACCUACAGGGACAGGUUUUAGACGGCAACAUUUUUAAUUUAAUUUUUUUUAGCUGACUCCUAGAUUUGAAAGCAAAUUUGUGAAGCCCUGUAUACACUAUGAAAACAUUAUUCCCCUUCUAUCCCCGCCCAGACUUUCUGUGGCUGUCCAAUCACAGACUUCCCAAUGCAGCUCAAUGAGAAGUCUUUGCAAGGCAGGUGCUCUGGGCAAUUGCUGCCUCUUGAGUUUAGCUCAGUAAACAGGCAGGAAGUAACAGGACCGGUUAUGUGAUUGAGAGCCAGAGUGGGGGUGUAACAAGGCUUAUUUAUAAAAGUGUCAAUUUCUAUUGAAUUCUGCACUUUUUAUAAAGCUGAAAAAAAUAAAAUCGAUAUGGAUAAAGUUCUUUAACUGUCCGGAGUGUCCCUUUAAGCACUCAGUAUUUUGUAUAUCUGUGUCAAUCUGCCACCUGGAUGGAAAUCCCUUUAAAUCUAGCAGUGAAUAGAGUAUUAAUAGACUUGGUAGAAGCCGUGCUUGCAGUUUAUGUUGUGAAGGGGAGGAUUGGUCAGCCUGAUGCCCUUGUCUGUCCUUUUCUUAGUGCCCAAGGUCCAGUUUGCCAAUGAUGACCGACAUCUUCUGGCUUGCUGCUCUCUGGAUGGAACCAUCUCUGUAUGUCAGCUUGUACCCACUCCGCCAGCCGUGCUGCAGACUCUGCGUGGCCACACAGCUCCUGUCAGUGACUUUGCUUGGUCCUUGUCCAAUGACAUCAUUGUGUCCACCUCUCUAGAUGGCAGUAUGCGUAUCUGGAAUGCACACCAGGGGCGCUGCAUCCGCCAUAUUCCUGACCCAGAUGCUGCCCAAAUGCUGUGCUGCAUCUUUCAGCCAAUCAACAACAACCUUACAGUGGUAAGUUCGGCCACGCUGCACUGUUUGCAUGACUGCGUUUGUGUUUGUAUUGCUUGCCGUAUAACCUAUAUGGAUUGUAAAAUUCGUGGUAUACCAAGUCUGGGUGGAGGUGAGUUUAUCUUUCCCUUGUUUUUCAGGUCGGUAAUGGGAAGCACAAUCUCCACGUGAUGAAUAUUUCCACUGGUAAAAAGGUUAAAGGUGGCAGCAGUAAACUCACAGGGCGCGUUCUGUCUCUGUCCUUUGAUUCUGCGGGACGCAUUCUAUGGGCAGGCGAUGACCGUGGCAGCAUCUAUUCCUUCCUCUUUGACAUGGCCACAGGUGAGCCACAGGUGCAGGAGAUGAGACUGCCUGCAGAGGCUUGUGUGGGGUCUAAUCUCAGGUGGAAGGGCAAGGCGCUAAUUUGAUGGACGCCUCUUCCAUAGGGGGCCAAGAGCUUGCUCUGAGAGGAUGGAUCAUUGCAUGCUGGUAUGAUGAGGCUGUGGGAUUCAGUAUUUGUUGGGGACCGGGCUCUAGCUAUUGAAUGAACUCAUCAGAUCGGUUUAAGUGCCUUUACAGUGUUUCAUAAUAAUUUGUUUCCUGUAGGUAAACUGACAAAGGCUAAACGACUGGUUGUAUCAGAAGGCAGCGCCAUCACCAGCAUCUCUGCCCGGUCCUGGAUCAGUCGUGAGGCUAGAGAUCCCUCGCUACUUGUAAAUGCCUGUAUUAAUAAGCUGCUUCUUUACAGGUGGGACCCGAGUCCUCGUGUGUUCACAUUUCUUAUUGAAACUUGUAAUGCGCCAACAUGCUCUGUAGCGUGGUGUUUGAAUUCACUAAUCGGAGUUGUUGUUCUGAUCUGUCUUGCAGGGUAGUGGAUAAUGAGGGGACAUUACAGCUAAAAAGGACCUUUCCCAUCCAGCAAACGGCUCACCCAGUACGCAGUAUCUUCUGUCCACUCAUGUCCUUCAGACAGGGCGCCUGCGUCGGUAAGUAUCCAGACAUGGUAAAGCGAUACAAACUGUGGGGCUGAACGUCUCACCUGCCACCUCUCACGAUGGCUUGACACUAUAACCACUACAGCGACAUUGUGUUUAUAGUGCCCUUUGCAGUUGAGGUCUGAUUAAACAGCUAAUACAUUGUGAGUUGUCGCUUCUGUGGAAUUGACCCCUUUUGAUAUGGCUUAAUGAGCACCCUUUGCCCUUAUAUCCUGUGUCACACUACACAGUUGAUUGAGUAAUGUCAGGAUGCUCUAUUAUAACAGCUGGCCUUUGAUCCUGAUUUGUAUCUUCUUCUUGUUUCCCCCCCUGCACUGCAUAUCCUGAUAACACCUUGUUGGGAAGUGUUUGUUUAAUCAAGUAACACCCUUUGACCAGCUAAUGCCAAAUGUGCUUUAAGUUCUUUGAAUAUGCAAUUGACAGGACAUGACUGUAUUAUGUGAAGACAACCCCUUUUUGGAUGUGUACAGAAUUUUGUUAUAAGAUCUGUGUCUGUGUAGUAUCUGCCAUACAUUUGUGUGAACGAGUACUGCCCUCCGAGCUCGUAUUUCUGCUGUGUCCAUUCCUUGUAUUCAUACCUGAGAGAAAACAUUGCUGUCUGCUGAAUUUAAACCACAAUUUAUUGAUUUUUCUCCCCCAUGAGCUGCUGUAAUUCUAAAAAAUAAAAAAAUGUAGGAAAUGGCAUCAUAAUACAGUUCAGACAGGAACAGAUGGGGCACACAGGGGUAGAAACACCGAUUCAGACAGGCACAGCCGCAGCCCACGAGUAGAAACACCGGUUCAGACAGGCACAGCCACAGCCCACGGGUAGAAACACCGGUUCAGACAGGCACAGCCGGGGCACACAGGGGUAGAAACACUGGUUCAGACAGGUACAGCCAGGGCACACAGGGGUAGAAACACCGGUUCAGACAGGUACAGCCGAGGCACACAGGGGUAGAAACACUGGUUCAGAAAGGCACAGCCGCAGCCCACGGGUAGAAACACCGGUUCAGACAGGCACAGCCGGGGCACACAGGGGUAGAAACACCGGUUCAGACAGGCACAGCCGCAGCCCACGGGGUAGAAACACCUGUUCAGAAAGGCACAGCCGCAGCCCACGGGUAGAAACACCGGUUCAGACAGGCACCGCCGGGGCACACAGGGGUAGAAACACCGGUUCAGAAAGGCACAGCCGCAGCCCACGGGUAGAAACACUGGUUCAGCCAGGCACAGCCGGGGCACACAGGGGUAGAAACACCGGUUCAGACUGGCACAACCGCGGCACACAGAGGUAGAAACACUAGUUCAGAUAAGGAACAGCGAGGGCACACAAACGUAGAAACACUAGUUCAGAUAAGGUAAAGCCGGGGAAUGCAAGGGUAGAAACACUAAGUCAGAUAAGGUAAAGCCGGGGCACACAGGGAUAGAAACACCAGUUCAGACAGGUACAGCCGCAGCCCACUGGUAGAAACACUAGUUCAGAUAAGGUAAAGCCGGGGCACACAGGGAUAGAAACACCAGUUCAGACAGGUACAGCCGCAGCCCACUGGUAGAAACACUAGUUCAGAUAAGGCACAGCCGGGGCAAACAGGGGUAGAAACAUUGCUUUCUUUCUCCUACACUCUGUAUGCUCUCUACAUUAAAUGUAAUUUCCCACAUCUCACAAAUACAAAUGUAUUAAAGGGACACUAUAGUCACCAGAACAACUACAGCUUAUUGAAUUUGUUCUGGUGAGUAGAAUCAUUACCGUCAGGCUUUUUGCUGUAAACACUGUAUUUUCAGAGAGAAUGCAGUGUUUACAUUACAGCCUAGUGAUAACUUCACUGGCCACUCCUCAGAUGGCUGUUAGAGAUCCUUCCUGGGUCAUGGCUGCCUAAAAUGUAUCCAAACAUUCACGAUGUCCUCCCUCUGCAUGCAGACACUGAACUUUCCUCAUAGAGAUUCAUUGAUUCAAUUCAUCUCUAUGAGGAGAUGCUGAUUGGCCAGGGCUGUGUUUGAAUCAUGCUGGCUCUGCCCCUGAUCUGCCUCUUUGUCAGUCUCAGCCAAUCCUAUGGGGAAGCACUGUGAUUAGAUCAGGCCACCACUUCUAAUGAUGUCAGCAGACUGCUUGUUUUAUUCUGAGUCUAACAGCAUGCAGAGUUACAGCUUCAGGCUUGAAUACAGUAAGAUUUUUACUAUAUUUAUGGAGGCAUGAUGGGCCCAGGGGGGCUAGAUGGUGGUUUUAACACUAUAGGGUCAGGAAUACAUGUUUGUGUUCCUGGCCCUAUAGUGAUCCUUUAAAUAUAGAGAUAAGUAAAUGCAAUAUUAAUACAUUGUGUAUGAAUAAGCGUAUCACACUCUGGUUUGUUGAAUUGCCCUUCGCUAGCACUAACUGGGUGGAGAGUAAUGUGUAGUCCAUUGCCAUGGUGACACAAGUUUCCUUGAAUUAAUUUACACAAACGCCCUGAAAUGAAUGAUUAAACUCUAUAAAUUGGCCAGCAAUCCGUCUAUUAAGGUAAUUUCACCCACAAGUUUAGUAAAGAUUGUUGUUUUUUUUUAUCAUGUCUUUCCACUUGAGACCUUUCAGCUCCUCUUACAUCUAAACAUUGUCAGUAUUCACUUAUCCUGACACUCUGUUGGGAGUAGGCCAGCUCUGCCCGUACCUGGGCACUCUGUUGGUAGUAGGCCAGCACUCACCUUACCUGGGAAUUCAGGUAGGAGUAGGCCAGCUCCCCCCCCCCCGUAUCUUGGCACUGUUGGGAGUACACCAGCUCUCACCUUACCCGGGCAUUCAGGUAGGAGUAGGCCAGCUCCCCCGUAUCUUGGCACUCUGUUGGGAGUACGCCAGCUCUCACCUUACCCGGGCAUUCAGGUAGGAGUAGGCCAGCUCUCCCCGUACUCUGGCACGUGGCUGGGAGUAGUCCAGCUCUCCCCGUACCUGGGCACUCUGUUGGGAGUAGGCCAGCUCUGCCCGUACCUGGGCACUCUGUUGGUAGUAGGCCAGGUACCUGGGAAUUCAGGCCAGGCCAGCUCCCUCACCUUACCUGGGAGGGCUCUCAAUUCAGGUAGGAGUAGGCCAGCUCCCCCCCCCAUCUCUUGGCACUCUGUUGGGAGUACGCCAGCUCUCACCUUACCCGGGCAUUCAGGUAGGAGUAGGCCAGCUCUCCCCGUACUCUGGGCACUCUGUUGGGAGUAGGCCAGCUCUCCCCGUACUCUGGCACGUGGCUGGGAGUAGUCCAAUUCCCUUCUGUCUUCCAUUCUACUAACUGUUUUUUUUUUUUCCCUCCUUCCAGUGACUGGGAGUGAAGAUUUAUGUGUUUACUUCUUCGAUGUAGAACGUGCAACAAAAGCCAUUGUUAACAAACUCCAAGGACACAGUGCGGCUGUAUUGGGUGUCAGCUUCAACUGUGAUGAAAGCCUCCUGGCCUCCAGUGAUGCUAAGGGCAUGGUCAUUAUCUGGAAGCGUGAGCAGAAGUAGAGCCCAGUGUGACCAACUGUUUCCCCCUCCUUUAUUUAUAAUGUGUGGUUAUGGUCGCUGUGCUUAGUGUGAGUAGGAUGUUUGCUUUGAUGGCAGAGGAAGCACUCUAGUCCAGACUAUUGAAAGACGGGUGAGGAGUGUGACGGAACUAUUCUACCAUGUGCCAGGAGUGGGCAUGUAAUCAGUUUUAGCACAGAUACCAUCCUGCCAGCCUUUUACAGGAAGUAAAGUAAUUACAGAGCUUUAUUUAAAGCAGAAGUUGGCUAUUGUCUUUAAAUCGUCAUGGUGAUAGUUUCUCUUUAGUUCUACCCUGGGCCCUGUGAUGGUGUCGUACAUCUAAUAAAUUCUCUGUUUGCUUUUUUUUGUUUGUAAAUCUUGCAAUAAAACCUAUGAUUAGAAUUGUGGAAAAGAUGGACAACGUUGGAAUUGGGGUCUUGCAUAUCUUCUGCUGGAGCCCCAUCAUACUGCUUCUUGUGUGUGAUUUUCAUAAAUCCAUUCCCAUAAAGCCCAUGCAGUUUGAAUCCAUUUAUUUUGAUUAAGUAUAUUUGGGCACAUGAGCUCCGUAUAACAGAAAAUCCUGGACCCUUCUACAGAUUAAAGAUACAGAAGAAGAGAGAAGUAGCAAUAAUGGUGUAUCUCUCUGAGGCCUCACUGCACUUUCAGUAUGGGGCUAUUCAUUGUUGGGUCAGAAUAUCUGAACUGGACAAAUGCCUGUCUAUUAAAUAAGAUCACAUUUAGCACAAUAUGUCUUACACUACGAGCUGGCCACACUGGGGGGCCUACAAUGGCUACGAGAAACUUUGACCUGAUAUUACUUUUGACUUGUGUUUAGCCAUAGGCAGCCUUGCAUAAAGAGAGGAAACAAGUAGUACACCACCUUCAAACCCAGUGAUCUACAUGUAAGGGGGAAUGGGUGCAGAAGGUUCGCCACCCACUUGCAGGGUUGAAACUUCAGGCAUUAUAACAAUCUCAAUGAAGUUGCUAUGGUGCAAAGUGGUUCCACACUCCACCUUAUCUUAAGAGGUUAAACCAAACCCAACAUCUGAAAACAGCACCCAAUCGCUUUUACUUUCCAUGCAGUUUUGAGGUGUCAGCUGACCCCCUCAGACUAUCAAUAGGGAUUAAAAAAAAAUAUGUAUCUCAGCUAAUAAGCAGCGUCCAGUCUGAGGCUUCCUGAGUGACACCUGGGAUUUUUAUUUCAAGGCUUAACUCAUUAAGGUAUGAUGGCAUCUACCCAGGAUCUCCUCAAACGAUAACUUCAUCGCAAUGAAGUGGUUAUGUUGCCCGUCAUGACCCUUUUAAGAGAAUCAAAAACCAAGUAGCAAGAAAGGUGAGAACAAACAGCUGAGCUAAAACCAGCUUGAGAUCUGCGCAGGGACCCACUGGAGGGCAGGCCAAUUGAGCUGUUGUCCGUUCUCACCUCUCUUGUUACUUGUUUUUCUCUCAAAUUUAAAGGGCAAUCCAGACGUGGACCCCUUGCUCUUGGUGCCUAGAGGGAUAUUGUCUUGGGUUGCUGUUUCUCUCGUGCAGAGGGGACUUGCCCGUAUGGGUGGGACCAGUCUGAUAUGUUUCAGAGAUGUUCUCUGUGUAAUGGCACAAGAUGAGCUAAAGCCAGCUUGAGAGCUGAGCGGGGACCCAUCGAAGGGCAGGCUAAUUGAUCGGUUGUCUGUUCUCACCUCUCUUGCUACUUGUUUUUCUCCCUUUAAGAGAAUCUAUCAAUUCAUGGUUUAGUAAGGACCUGAGGAGUUCUUUAAUGGAGGGAUAUAGCUGCUGUGUUCUUGGCAUUUAUUGAUCCUCAAUGCAGUAAUUAUUCAGAAUGAAUGGUACUGUGUUCUUGCUUUAAACACAUUGUAAGAUAAUACGCUGCUCUCAGCACCAAGACAAUGUUUCCCCUUCAAAUUAAAGGCAGUGCAUGGCAACAGGAAUUUCUCUAAUCUGGAGGGGAAAAACAGGCAGACAAACCCCCCAAAACAUUUUUAAAAUGCUCCCCCAAUACUAUAAAGGGUAUUCUAACAAACAGUCCCCAGUUCUUUGCCUCUGGCAGGAGAGGUAGUCAGGCUUACCCAUGUUUAUUUUCAAAGCAGGGUGAGGGAGCUGUGGCUUGGGAAUCUCUGCUUCGGUCCUGGUACGCUCUAGUUGGCAAGGACUGUGCCGACAUGUGGAACACACGCCGAACGUCUACGUUCCAACUGUAUUUCUGAGUUUUGCCGAUACCGCACCAAAUGAAUGUGCGCACAUGCUUGGAGGUCCUGGCGGUAGCACUUAUGCACAGGUUGUGACGUGUUGCACAGUGAAAUCAGUGUCUACUGCGCAAUCUCAAUGAGACAGACACCAAAUUUAAUUAAUUUUUGCUUUUGUAUUUUCUGGGGACUGUUGGGUUAGAAGGCAGUUUAUACUGCUGAGGGAGGAUUUAAAAAAAAUUAUUGGGAGGUCUGCCUGCCUGUUUUCCUCCAGAAUAGAGAAAUCGUUGUCAUACAUUGCCUCUAAUCCUCCGGAAAUAUAAAUUUACUGCAAGCAAGAUUUAUGGUAUUACUAAUGAAGCAGUUUUAGUGUAUAGAGUAUGCCCCUGCAGUCUCACUGCUCAAUUCUCUACCAUUUAGGAGUUAGCUCACUUUGUUUAUGUAGUCCUAGCCACACCUCCUUGCAUGUGAUUAAAGUUAAUUUACAGAGCAGGAGAAAAAAAAAAACCAUGUAAAGCAAAGAAACCCAGGAGAAUUCACUAAAUUGGAAACUCAAAGUAACAGACAUUCUGCACGCAAACCGGUACUGAUUGCUGCUUUAACAAAUAAAAUAAAAAAUGUAUAUAUAUAUAUAUAUCUCUACGAUUUUUUUUCAUUUGACAUUCCUGUUGUGUGUGCUUGGUAGUGGAUUAAAAACACUGUCAGGGUGAUUCACUGAAGUGAAAAUUAAAAGUGAAUUUUAAAUUUAAGGUCAAAAAAAGCCAAAUUGGUCAAAUUCAGCUAUGCUCUCACUUUGGCUACUCUGACUGCCGGUGGUUCAGUGGCUGGGUAAAGGUGUUUACAUACCUGAAUCUGUCACCAGGUACUCUCAUAGAGUUUGAAUAGAUCUUCACCAGGUAACAGUCUUACCCAUUCCCUUCCCCUCCAGACUUUAUGGCACUUACAAUUACAGCAAGAAGUGACACUGCAAGAGGAUGCUGCACUUUUAAUGUACUGCGGGCAAGAGGGAAGAAUUCAACAUUAUUAAUGUUAUGUCCACAGGAGGUUACCUGUAAAUUAGAUUAAAAUACUAGAUGCACUGCCCUUAUAGAACAGGAUAAUGUAAACGUAACAUUAUGUAAUCUUUAAAGAGGAUACAUGCCAUACAGGCACUUAGCACUCAGAGAUGGUAGGACAGGCUCUCGCAGGAGGCACCCGGACUGCAAGUCACAUAGUCCGCAUCAAAUGCAGGAACGGUGUGGAGGACGAGGAGACACACACCCUUCCAGCUGCAAGGAAAUGUCCUUCCUGUGAUCAGCAACUGCAAUUUCCCACUUUUAACACCACACAAUGCUGUGAUGGCACUGUGCAUCAAGCUAGAGGUUCUUGGCAGUUUUUUAAAGAUCUAAGGCUGGUGAGAAAGGAGACAUGUUCCCUUAAUUUUUCUCAGAUAUCCCAGAUCAUGUGGCAGUAUUGUACUUAAUAGGCAAAUUAUAUCCAAAUUCUACACUCAAACAUGGGCACAAACUCUCCUUACAGGAUAAAACCACUGCAGAAAAGCCUUAUCAAACCUCCCCCCCAGCUUUGUUUAAUCCCGGUCCAAUUCCAUUUAUUUACAAAAGUACAAGGGUUGGUUACUCAACUUUAUAUUUACAGUAAAAAAUAAAAAAAAUAAAAAAAAUCACAGACCUAAAAAUAAAAGUACUUUGAUAAAAAGCUGCUGCCCAUCAAGAAUUGGUGGUGUUAAAAACUAUCCUGCUGGUAACUGCGAAGUUUAGAGUUGGCAAUGUGUUCAGACUAGGCCCGCAGGACGUCUCAUACAAAACAGCCGUUCAAGUAAAAAUGGCCAAAGUCACGUUUCACCAAGCUUGGAAAAUAAAACCGUUGCUAAAGAGCUUGCAGACGGAGUACAAACCAAGUUUAAAAACCCUUUACAUAUUCAUUAGCACCAAAUAUUUCAUACAGCGGGGUCAAGACACUAGAUUGCGCCUGGUACAAGUGGAGGAAGAGGCCACAUCUGCCCUCUCAAAGCAGCAUAAAGUCCCAGGCCGUGGUGUUUGUGUGUGGCAACCCUUCACACAUGCCUCAAAAGAGGUAUUUACGGCAACUGUUGGUGCCACACUUGCACUCCACUCGCACUCUCUUCUUUGGAGAUCCUGUGAGCCCAGCUAGACCAAAGUUAGAAUCCAUUUUGGUACUUUCCACAUCUACUGGAUCCACUGGAAAGAGAAGAAACAGCUAAUUAACCUGCAGUACAAACAACACAACCCUCUUACUAGACUGAACCAAAUCCACACAGUGCCCAGAGAACAAUGCUAGUUACAUUUUAAUUCUCACACUUUUUUUAUACACGUUAAUGUGUACUCAAAAUACACGAAUUAGCUCUUUCUGUACCAUAUUUUACAAUUAAGAAAAGCUUCCAUAACCAGCGUUCUGUGAUACAACAGGAUUAAAAGGGCACUCCAGGCACCAUAACAGCUUCAUCUAAAUGUAGUAGUUAUGGGGCCAGGAGACCCCCGGGCACACUUAUAUAAACAGUUUAACCCCUUAAUGUAAGAGUAACAGCCAGGGGAGAUGUGACCAGGCCAGUAUAAACAAAGUGAUGUACCUCCUGAAUGACAGAGAAUUGAGCAAUGUGAUAUGAUCUAUACACCAAAACUGCUUCAUUAAGAUAAAGUUGUUUUAGUGCUUAGAGUGUCCCUCUAAAUGUAUUCUGAUCAAUGGUAUCUGUAACAGGGGGAUUUAACAGAACUAGGUAUAUAUUAAUUGGACAGAUAUACUUACAGUGAAGAGGGGACAGAGAGAAGCAGUGCCCUAAAAAAUAUCCUCAAAAUCAAAAAUUUCAAUAUGCAAAAGAGAUGACAAAAACAAAACAUGAUGUAAUAUUUUCAGAUACUUGGUUUAAAAAACAAAACAAAAAAAACAAAACACUUUUUUUGGAGCUAGUAAUUAGUAAUGAAUCAUGUGACCUGUAAAGCAAUGUCUGCCUCAGUUAAUUGCUUGAUAGGUCACAUGAUUCAUGAGGUGAUAUCAGUUACAUUUAAAUAUGUUCGCUAUUUAAUCAGGACUGGUCCAUACUUAGACACUGUAAGAAAACCUGUAAUGUUUGGUGAAAUGCAUUAGUGUUUAUUCUUGUUAUGGUUUUAAUCUUUAUUUUCAAUAAAAAAAAAAAAAAA